AUGGACGCGCCCGGCCGGUCGCCCGCUGGCCCCCGAGCCGGCCCCGAGGGCGCGGCGGCGGGACCGGGCCCGAGCCCGGAGACGGCCACCGAGGAGAAGGAGGAGGCGGCGGCGUAUGUGGAGAUCCGCGGCUCGCCGCGGGGGCCGGAGGAGAACGGGCGGACCCCCGCGCUGGCCACGGCCAGCGGCGCACCAGAACGCGGAGCCGGCGGGACAAGGGAUGUUGGCGGCUCGGAGAGCAGCGGGUCGCCGGCCGGGGCCGCGGGGACAGCAUCCUCGGGCCGCGGGCGCGAUCAGCCGCCUAUUCCGGGAGUGACGGCGGAGGGCUGCGGCGCUGACCCAGCCUCCGGAGGGGCAGCAGGGAGCAGCGGGCCGCCGGAGGCGGGGGUCUGCCCGGAAUCCUCCUCGUCCUCCUGCCCUUCACCGGUGCCCAAGGCGGGCGACUUUCGCGCAAUGGGCGACCCGGUUUCGACAGAGGGCAAAACCUCCUCGUCCUCCUUCGGCUACGAAAGCGAGGAGGAGGACGCGGGGCGCAAGGCGGCCCCCCCCAGCGCCCCCCCUGCCAUCCCCCCCGGCGGCGGCGGCCGCGACGAGGCGCACUAUAUCAGCACGCAGGAGAUCCAGCUGAGCGAGGUGGACCACGACAUGGACUUCGACGCGGGGCUGGCCGCCCGCUGGGACUUCGAGGACAACAACGUGAUCUACUCCUUCGUGGACUACGCCUCUUUCGGGAGCGACGAGACCCCGGGGGACACGGCGACAGAGGAGGAGGAGGAGAAUAGCUGCUACCUCAGCACGACCACCAGCGAGCCCAACAACCAGACGGACAGCAUCGACAACACCAGCAGCACCGAGAUCGUCAGCCUUACCUCCGAACACGACACCCCCGGCGGGGAUAAGUGCGCCAGCCCGGGGGAAAGCCGGUCCAAGCAGUCCGGCUGCCCCGGCGGGAGCCCGGCCGCCCAGCUUCUCCUAUCAAUCAAAGCCGCUUCCCGGGCUAUAAAUGAGUCUAGCAACGUGCGCGGAAAGCAAAACACUAUUUACGCUGCCAAGCAUGAAGGCGACAUGAGCCUCCGUGUCCCCACGGCUCCUGAUCGCGAUGCGAGUUUAAAACCGGACGCGGCUCGGGACCACGCGAAAAAGUUCAUCGCGGUACCGGCGCGGCUGCUGCCGCGGUGCGGGGCCGCCCGGGCCGGGGAGCACUCCAGCGGCGCCUCCAGCGCCGUCAGCGAGCUGGACGAUGCCGACAAAGAAGUGCGAAACCUGACGGCCAGGGCUUUCCGCAGCCUGGCGUACCCCUACUUCGACACCCUGCGCCCCGGCUCCCGCGCCUCCUCUGCCUCUCUGCCCGACAAUGCCCUGGGCAUCAACCGCUGGUCCACCUACCUGGACCUCAAGUGCGGCAGCCUGGGGCCGAGAGCCGAGCCCAGCCUCCUGCGCUCCGGCCGCUCGCAGACCAAAGCCCUCGAGUUCGUGGUCAGCAAGCUCGAUGGGGAGAUCGCUCACGUCGAGUCACCUCGGCGGCUGCGGGCGGGCUCCCGGGUGGUGACCCUGCUGGACCUCGGCCAUGGCUCCGAGGCCGGGCCGACCCCCGAGGCGGGCGGCGGGGAGCCACCGGCGGCGGAGGGCGGCGUGGGGGGACCCAUCAAGAAGUCCAAGUUCGCUUCCAGCCUCCUCAAAAACGUCAUCUCCAAGAAGAUGCAGCUGGAGCACGAGUUCAAGAUGGAGCGGGGCGAGAUCACCGACACCUCCUACACCGGGCCGGGCGCCGGACGGGAGCCGGAGCUCGCCGGCGGCGGGCGGGAGCGGCAGCGGGAGGGUGGCGUGCAGCGGCAGAGCUCCCGGCACUCGGAGGGCGGCUCGGACUGCACCGCCGCGACGGCGGAGGAGGCGGGCGAGGGCGGCGGCGGCCGGUCACCGGCCUCCAAGGCGUCGACGCCCCGGGAGGGGAGCCGCAGCCUGGACCGGGCGCUGACGGAGGAGCUGUGCGAGGUGAAGCGCAGCGCCUCCGAGGCCAUCAAGGCCACCUUCCUCCGCAGCCAGAACAGCGCCUUCAGGUCCUGGAAGGAGCGGGAGGCGGAGAAGAAGGAGGAGAGGGCGCUCGUCGGCAAGCUGAAGCUCUCCUCCAGGCACGACUGGCGGGCCGACCUGGGCGAGAUCUCCGCCGGCAGGUCCACCAAGAUGUCCCGCCUGUUCGUCCCCACCAUCCAGCACACCCCACGGGAGAAGGAGUCCGGCAAGCAGGCGACCAAGUGCUCGGCCGCCGCCGCCUCCUCUCCCCCCGCCGCCAAGCCCAGAGCCCCCGAGAUCAAGAUCAGCCUGGGCAGCCUGCAGCAGACCCGGGACGCUGGCUUCAGCAUCGCCCAGCUGCUAACGCCGCGGAUCGCGGGCCGGCCGCCGGAGGAGGGCCAGGGGCAGCAGCUCAGGCUGCCCAAGCCCGGCGACGGCUCCGACAAGGUGCCGCAGUUCCUGGUGCGCGAUGUGCGGGACGGCAAGAACAGAGCCCAAGGGCCCCUCCACCAGGUGCGGGACGUGCGGAAGCUCAUCAAAAGCUCCUACAACUACGAUUCAGGGGAUAACAGCAGCGACAAGGGCAGCGUCGCCUCCGACCAGGGCGGCCCGGAGCAGAAGCCCCAGCAGCAGCUGGUCAUCGCCGGCGUCCCUAGGUCCCUCUCCCCCGUGGUCAUCACCUGCCAGGCAGUCGGCCAGCACCAAGCCAGCACCAAGCCCACCGAGGCGGGGCUCAAGGCGGCGGGCAGGGCGCCGGCCUGCCCCCCGGAGGGCACCGUCCUGGUGCACCGCACCUCGGGGAGGCUGCCGGUGGCCACCAUCGCCCCCAACAAGAGCGACCCCCGCCAGCCGGCCGUGCUGAAGAUCGUAUCCAAAUCCGCCGCGCCUUGGCGGCACCAAGCCCAGCCGCCGCCCGCCGAGAGGGGCCGGGGGCCGGAGGAGGACCCGCGGGAGGAGAGCAAGGCGGCGCCGGUGCAGAACGCGCUGGAGAAGCUGACGGCGGCGGUGCGGAGCAUGGAAGAGCUCUACAGCUUCAACAAACGCGAGUGGAAACGCAAGAGCGACCCUCUACCCAUCACCGACAGCCACGUCCUCUCCCUCAUCGCCAGUCAGGAACGGGACGCCGGUCCCCGGCCCACCCCUCCCGCCGCCGCCGCCGCGCCCCCCCCGCCGGCGGCGGCGGAUAAGGCGGAGGAGCCGCCGGGCAAGGGGCCGGGCAGCGAGCGUCUGCCCCGCCGCCCCUUCAACACCAAUGCCGACAAGGUCUCGGCCAAGGCGGCUGCCUUCGAAAACCUAGCCCGGCAGCGGCAGCGCGGCCCGCCGGCCCCACGCGCUGAACCCCCAGGCGCCCACCGCGCCCUCCUCACCCUCCGCGGAGCCGGAGGAGCCGGAACCUCCGCGCCGAGCAAGCCCCCCUCCGAGGGCGGCCUGCGGGGCCAGGCGGCACCGCGCUCCCCCCGGCUUCCUGCGGGCGGCGGCGAUGCGGAGCGCGGCCCGGACUGCGGGAACUAUCUGGCCCUGCCGCUGAAGGCGGCUGCCGAGCCCGGCUCCCCACCUCCCGCCGUGCCGGUGUCGGGAGCGAGCGGCGGAAUCCGCCCCAGCCCGGUGUCGGCAGCAGCGGCGGCGGCCGCACUAUGCAGCCUGCAGCCCUUUGGCACCGCCAAGCGCCCUGGCAGCCCCGAACCCCCGCCCGGACCCCCGCCCGCCGAGGAGCCCGCCGCCGCCGCCGCCCCGCCGCCGCCCGCCGAGGCUCCGCCCGCCGCCCUCUACCGCCCGCCGCUGCCCUUCGCCGCCCUGCCCGGUGCCGCGCCGCCGCCGCUGCUCUGCUUCUCGCCCUCUGUGCCCGCCGCGGCCACGGCGGCCGAGCCCUUCCCGCAGACGCAGCGCAAGAUGCUGCUGGACGUGAGCACCGGACAGUACUACCUGGUGGACACGCCGGUGCAGCAGCCCCUCAAGCGGCGCCUCUUCGACCCCGAGACGGGGCAGUACGUGGAGGUGCCGGUGCCCCAGCAGCCGGCCGUUGCCCCUAUCCCUCUGCCCCUCUCGCCCCUGGCCCUCAACGCCGGGGCCUACGGUGCCACGUACAUGCUGUACCCCGGCCUCCUGCCCGCCGCCGCCGUGCUGCCUGCCGGUGCCCUGCAGCGCCCGCUCUCCCACUCGGGCAGCGAUGCCAGCGCCCCAGCCGAGCCCGGCAGCCCAGCAGCGGCAGAGGCGGCUUUCACCGAGAGCCCCUACUAUGUGGCUACCGGCAAGGGCCCGCCGCCGCCACGGCGGGGGGCAGCCGAGGCGAAGCCGGUCAUCAGCAUCACAGCACCAGCCACCGGCCCGCGGAUCGUCGCGCCGCCCUCCUUUGACGGCACCACCAUGCGCUUCGUGGUGGAGCACCGGUGA